UAACCACAGAAUCGUCAAACUCCUUUCUUCACUUUAUUUAGCUGUUCUUGCAUGUAGCUUCCAAGCUUUCCACUGCUCCAGUCAGUGAAGCAUUUAUUUUUGAGUCAGCUGCAUUUCUUAAGACUGUAACAACGAUAGGCAUUUCCUGAGAAACUGCAAGGAUGAGCAGCAAGAAAGAACAACAGCUAAGGAAAUAUGGGACCCUUGUAGUGUUUUUUAUCUUGCAAGUUCAGAUUUUUGGUUUUGAUGUUGACAAUCGACCUACAACAGAUGUCUGCUCAACACACACAAUUUUACCUGGACCAAAAGGGGAUGAAGGUGAAAAGGGAGACAGAGGAGAAGUAGGCAAACAAGGAAAGGUUGGACCAAAAGGAUCAAAAGGAAACAAAGGGCCAGUGGGUGAUGUUGGUGACCAGGGAAUGCUUGGUAAAAUUGGUCCAAUUGGUGGAAAGGGUGACAAAGGAGCCAAAGGCUUACCGGGGGUUUCAGGAAAAAAAGGAAAAGCAGGCACGGUCUGUGACUGUGGAAGAUACCGCAGGUUUGUUGGACAACUGAAUAUCAAUGUGGCUCGUCUUAACACAUCCAUCAAGUUUUUGAAGAAUGUUAUAGCAGGUAUCAGGGAGACAGAUGAGAAAUUCUAUUACAUUGUGAAAGAAGAGAAGAAUUACAGAGAAGCCUUGAUCCACUGCAGGGACAGAGGAGGAUCACUGGCCAUGCCUAAAGAUGAGGCAACCAACGCCCUGAUUGCUGACUACAUCUCCAGCAGCGGCCUGUUCCGAGCCUUCAUUGGGCUGAACGACAUGGAAAGAGAAGGACAGUUUGUGUAUGCAGACAACAGCCCCCUGCAGAACUACAGUAACUGGAAGCAAGGGGAGCCUCAUGACCCAGCUGGUCACGAGGACUGCGUGGAAAUGCUCAGCACAGGAGAGUGGAACGACUCUGAGUGCCAAGUCACCAUCUACUUCGUCUGUGAAUUCCUCAAGAAGAGGAAAUAAAAGUGCCAGAGAAUGUGCCUGGCACCUGCAGUACCUAUAAUAACCCAUCCUCAUUCAUUUCUGGUAGGGAGAUCAAAUCAGGGGUAGGAAACCAGAGACAGAGCUCAAUCCAGCCUUCACAUCACUGGGCUAAGAAAGAGUAACUACUGUUUAGUCAUCAGUGACUGUAAAGUCAGCACAGGUCUGCAGGGGGCCUCCAGCCAGCUGCCAAGUUUGAUUUCAUUUCUACAUGCAUUUUAGGGUUGGCAUUUCUGUGUGUAAUUUAGGGGUAAAUUUAGAGCAUGCAGAAGUGAAUAUAAUUUCACUGGUUCCAGAAAUAGUAAGAUCAUUGAUAUAUGAAGUACUGAUGUGAUUUGCAAAGUCUACAGAUAGAAAGAGCAUGACCUUCAUUAAUCUCUGACUUGUACAGGGAGUCCCAGUAAUCUCCCAAAUGACUUCAAAGCUCGGAGAGAAGAUUUUAAGUAACUCUUGAAAAAUUCCUUCUUUUGUUAGAAUCAUAAUUUGAGGUGGAAGGUAUCUCUGGAGGUCAUUUGAUUAAAUCUUGCAUGCAAUGUAGGACCAACUUCAAACUUAGAAGUUGUUAUACUCUCCUUAGUUUGGCUGUGCAAUUAUAUUGCCUGAUAGGCAUUUAUGGGGUCUUCUGUAAAGCCUUUGACAUGGUCCUCAACAAUAACAUUCUUUUUAAAUUGGA